UAUGGAAAUAGGUAUUACAUGAUAUCAUUGGUAUGCUAUGCAAAUACUCAGAGCCAGGAAGCUUUGAAUUUGAUUCUUAGUGGAAAAAUAAAAGUUGCGCGUUUCCUUGAACCCACAGUUGCCUUGACAACUAUUGUAUACGAAAGGAGCUUUUUGGAGCAAAGGGGCGAAUUGGCCCAGUUAUAAAUGGGCUGCUGAAUCGUUAAUUGAAAAUUUCGAAGUGUUUAUUUGUUAACAAGAACGACAUGUCUUCUAGAAAGGUUAUUAUAUUUAAGUGAUUUAGUGGAUCUUCCCAGAAACAUUUCAAGAUAAUGAUAAAAAUGAAGUGGAUCAAAUAGAGGUGCCUGUUGUGAAUGAAACUUGCUUAGAAAAUCAGGGAGGAUUAGCCAGAAAUUACUUCUUUUUAAAGUGUAUACAAAGAGGAGAUAUAGAAGAAAUUACCAUUGGGUGAAAUUUUAUAUCGGACUAAGUGUCGCGGAAGCGCCCUUCACGUUAUCUCCCUAAGUGUUUCAUUGUCAAUUGAAUAAAUGACCUUGUGUACGGAUUUGAGUAUAGAAUUGGUCAUCGUGCGGUCUCAAAGGGGAAUUUUGAGGUGAACCAAAGGAUCUUAAAACUGAGUGCUGCACUGUAUUAGAAGUCAUUAUAGAAAAUGAAAGAAAGCAUUUAGUGAUCUCAAGGUACACAAACUACAAAUAGUCGACGAAGCAAAACUCAACACUAAGUCAGCACCUCAAAACAAAUACAGGACGUUGGAAGACUAAUAUAGGCAUCAACGACUAAAAACUCUUCAGACAAAAUACUAAGGCGAAGCAAAAUACUUUGACUUAAAAAUAGGAACCUCAAGGAAGUGAUGAGCGUGGACAAUUCAACAAUGAGCCCGCAGAUGCUCAGCAGUAGCAAAGGCGUCACGUGGUGUGCCCUGUAUUCGACAGUAGCAUUCCUCGUCGUUCUCUUCAAUCUAGUUACCAUGGUAACAUUCAUAUUCGACAUCAGACUUCGCCGGCGGCGAAGCAUGUACUGUCUAAUGAAUCUUGCUGUCGCGGAUAUGCUUGUGGGAUCCCUUCCCAUGCCCCUCGCCGUCUAUACCUUCGGAUUGAUGUCGCUUCUUUGGGGAAAACUGGAAAAUCUCACUCCAACAUGGAUCAUGUUUCUCACAGGUGCGCACAUGUUCACGGGGUUUCUAUCACUUCUGUCUCUUGCACUGGUUUCUUUAGAGCGUGCCUUCGCCGUAGUGUAUCCACUACGCAUGCGCGCUGUCAAGUCCCGGAUGUACUUUGCGGCGAUAUUAGUCACGUGGUGUCUUGGGUUUAUUAGCACUGGCGUGUACAUAGCUUAUGGUGAUAACUCGAAGGUUUCUUUCUUCGCGUGGAUCAUCCCGUGUCUUGUGGCUAUCGUGGUUAUUUUCGUGUCUUACGUCAUCAUCUACUUUCAAGUCAAAAGACAGCACACAAUUCACCAGCAACGAGAGAUGCGAACUGCUAUCAAAAGAGAACGAUACCUCGCAUUCACCCUUUUUAUAGUAACAGUGAUGUCACUGGUCACGUGGUUGCCCCACGUGAUUGUUCAGUGCGUGUGGUUUUUAGAAGCCGUGCCGAUAACCUUUGAACAAAAUAACGGGACUAUUUGUUUGAUGUAUGCUAACUCGAUUGGGAACCCUGUGGUUUAUGUGCUGAGGAUGAAGGACUUCAGGAGAGGACUGGUGAGAGUGCUGUGCCGUGAAGGAAACAGGGUCAAUCCAUCUGAUCUCACACAGACUCACGAGGUUAACACCGCCGCCAUGUGAAGGCCCGUCUUCAAAAGAGAACGCCAGGGUCCAAACCGUCUUACUUAGCUAAUAGAAAGCAUGUAUACACCUUUUUAGAAAUGGUUAAGUAACAGAUCUAGAGCUUAGUACUUAAUUAGUACGUAGACAAAUUUAGGAGCAUGUGGCUGCUCUUUUAUACAUUAACAUUCUAUCAAUUUAUCACAUUAUUGGAAUUAUUCGCUGUUGUGGGGAAAAAAGACACAAAAAAAAAUGUUAAUCGACCUUAAGGUAAAGAACUAAUCCAGGACAUGGAAUAGUCUGAAAGUGGUAUCCAAGACACAAGACACUUACAUCUAUAUCAUCUAUGUAAAUCCCAGUAGAUGUAUAAACCCUGAGCCAAGAUAGUGAUCGACUUUACAUGAGCUUAUUUAGAUCAGAAAGAAGAAAAUAUUUUGCUGAGGAGUUGGACCAACAUCACGGUCGACUCACGAAACAGAAUUGUGUUAAGCAAUUUUACCUGGAUGAACUGAGUCGUUCAUUGUUGAUCUAUAUAUCAUAUAUAAAUAUCUAUAUAUAUUUGUAUACAUAUAUAUAAUUUCUUGAAACGUUAGCGCCAAAACAAAAGGAUUUUACGAAAGAACGCUAUAAGCUGAGAAGAUAAAGCAUGAUUUCUCAUUAGGCAGCACAGAUUAUAUUUCGACGUCGCUCUCAGGGUGGCGGAAUACUCUUAAUUAAACUCCUAAAAUUUGAAAAGUUCUCCUUGAUAUAUCAAACACCGGGAUGAUGAUUUAUAUAUAUAUGUAUAUAUGAUAACGCAUGCAUUCUCUUUUUCGUCUUUUUAAACUAGGGGCGUCUUCUUGCAGAAAGAAAUCCAUUCGAGUUAAAAGAUUAAAGCUAUAUACGUCCUAUCAAUACAAGGUACAAGUUGUAGGGUAAGGGGAAUUGAUAUAUGGAUAUAGCAGUGAAAGAGAUAUCUGAAAACUAGUGUAUUGCUGGUGCCUUCAUAGAAAUGAUGUAAUGAAGAUCAAAUUCAAGAUAAAACCUCAGCUUCCACUUUUAGAGUACCCAUAAGAAGGAGACGUUUGUUGGGGAACCAUGAGGGGCUUUCUCGCCUUCUUUUUUGUGUUCAUAACUGGCGCUUUAGCAGUUCAGUCACACACUGCUAAGCGUGGCGAUGGACUGCUUUCGAUUGAGUCUUCUCCUCUGACAAUGCCUGGAAAGAAAGCGCUUUCUGAACCAGAGGAAAUAUUCCGAGGAAGAAAGCCGUAUAAAACCUCUGCUCACCGGAGAAAUGGACUCGCCAUACCGUGGUGGUACCCGGCAUCUGUCGUACUGCCGGGUAGUUGUGGGAUGCCAUGUGGGGGAUGCAUACCGGGCCUACCGGGGAUUUUUCCGUGUGGGGGAUGCGGACAGUGGAUCCCCGGCUGUGGCGGAUGCUGUAGUGGUGGGGGGUUCAGUUCGCCAAUGUGGAUCCAAGGUUCCGGUUCCGGCUCGGGUGACGACUCCAAAGAAGAGAAAGAUAGUGACGACUGCCCUGGGAGGAGAGGGGAGGAAAAAGACAGCCCAACUGAAGAUUUAGCCCAGAUAAAGACGGCGAAUAACGGGACACAAAACGGAAAAGUGGCAGGGGAGGGGUGACGAAUAUCUACCAAAGACAACACUUAUAAGUCACGCGGCUUUGAUUAACCAUGAGAAAUGUUACCCGGUUAUUUUUGCACAAUCACUCCAAAUAAAGUUGACGCUCUUUCGAUUUUA